AUGAAGUGGGUAACUUGUACCUCCCUCCUCCUCCUGCUCCUCAGCUCCGCCGACUCCAGGGGUGUGUUCCGCCGGGAUGCACACAAGAGUGAGGUUGCUCAUCGAUUCAACGAUCUGGGAGAACAGUAUUUCAAAGGCCUCGUCCUGAUCGCAUUCUCUCAGUUUCUUCAGAAGUGCCCCUUCGAACAUCACGUAGAAUUAGUCAAAGAAGUAACGGAGUUUGCCAAGACCUGUGCUGCCGACGAGUCCGCUCCCAACUGUGAUAAACCAGUUGCCACUCUUUUUGGAGAUAAGGUGUGUGGCCUUCCAUCUCUUUCUGAUCACUAUCCUGAGCUAGCCGGAUGCUGUGGGAAACAGGAACCCGAGAGACACGAAUGCUUCUUGCAACACAAGGACGACAGCCCGGACCUUCCGCCCUUAGUGAGACCGGAGCCCGAUGCCAUGUGUAACGCUUUCCAGCAAAACGAGCAGGAGCUCAUGGGGCAGUAUUUGCACGAGGUGGCCAGAAGACAUCCUUACUUCAACGGCCCAGAGCUCCUCUACUAUGCGGAGAAGUACAAGGAAGUGAUGACAGAAUGCUGCAAAGCUGAGGACAAAGCCGCCUGCCUCACCCCAAAGCUAGAUGCAGUGAAGGAGAAGGCUCUGAUUGCUUCCGCCCAGCAGAGACUGCAGUGUGCUACUUUUCAGAAAUUCGGAGACAGAGCUUUCAAAGCAUGGACACUAUCUCUUCUGAGCCAGAAAUUUCCUAAAGCUGACUUUGCAGAAAUUUCCAAGGUUGUUACAGAUCUGACUAAAGUCACCAAGGAGUGUUGCCACGGUGACCUGCUUGAAUGCGCGGAUGACAGGGCGGACCUCGUCAAGUACAUGUGUGAAAAUCAGGAUUCGAUCUCCAGCAAGCUGCAGCGCUGCUGCGAGAAGCCUCUGCUGCAAAAGGCCCACUGCCUUUCUGAGGUGGAAAAGGACGACAUGCCGGCCGACCUUCCCCCCUUGGAGGUCGAUUUCGUGCAGGACGCUGACGUUUGCAAGAACUACGCUGAGGCCAAAGACGUUUUCCUGGGCACGUUUCUGUACGAGUAUUCUAGAAGGCGCCCUGACUACGCUGUCAGCAUGCUGUUGAGGCUCGCCCAGAAAUACGAAGCCGUGCUGGAGAGGUGCUGCGCCCAGGCCGACCCCCCCGCGUGCUACGGCAAGGCGUUUGAUGAACUGAAACCUCUCGUGGAGGAGCCUCAGAAUUUAGUGGAGCAAGCUUGUCACCAGUUUGAGCAGCUUGGAGAGUAUAAAUUUCAAAAUCAGCUUGUCGUUCGUUACACCAAGAAAACGCCCCAGGUAGCAACUUCAACUCUUGUGGAGGCUGCAAGAACUCUAGGGAAAGUGGGCACCCAGUGCUGUGGUCUUCCUGAGGCCGAGAGACUGCGCUGCUUUGAAGACUACUUGGCCCUGGCGGUGAACCGGUUCUGUGUGCUGCACGAGAAGAACCCCGUGAGCGCGCGCGUCACGGAGUGCUGCACCAAGUCCCUGGUGAACCGGCGGCCGUGCUUCACCGCGCUGCCCGUGGAUGAGACCUACGUUCCCAAGGAGUUCAACGCCGAGACCUUCACCUUCCACGCCGACUACUGCACACUUCCAGAGGCGGAGCAGCAGCACAAGAAGCAAAUGACCCUGGCCGAGCUGGUGAAGCACAAGCCCGCGGCCACCGAGGAGCAGCUGGCCGCCGUGGCGGGGAAGGUGUCGGCCUUCCUGGCCCGGUGCUGCGAGGCCGCCGACAGGGAGGCCUGCUUCGCGGCGGAGGGUCCAAAGACUGUUGCUGAAAGUCAAGCUGUCUUUGCUUGAAACAUCACAGCCGCAGCUACCUCAGUCUGCUGUGAACAAAAGGAGGGAAGAGAAACGAAGACUCAGAGCUUAUCAUCUGCUCUUCUUUGCUGUUGGUGUAAAAUCAGCACUACCAGAGAAACACACAUUCAUGAAAUAUUUGACUUCAUUUCUCUAUACUUCAAUUAAUAAAAAUAAAAACAAGCUUAUAUUGUUGUCCAG